UUUAAGGGGCAAAAGUAUAUAUUCUAACAAUGAAAUUCAAUCAUUUUUUUGAAAAGUUUUGCAGCGUGAUAGACGGUGGUGUUUUAUUAGUUGCACCCAAGCAGACAGUGUAAGUGGAACCGCUGGGACCUUCCGAGGACUACUGCUCCCAUACUGCAUGAUUAAACAGACGACCUGCAAGUGGAGUUAAACACAAUAGUUGGUUUCCUGUAGAUUCGGCUACAAUGCUCCUGCAUUUAUUGUUACUACUUGUCCUUGUAAAAGACUCUUCGGAAGGUGAUGGAUUAUGUGAAAAUGUCACAUUAUCUGAGAAGAAGAAAAGAAUUAUGAACAUUUUGGCUUGCUGGGAUGAAAAUCAUAUUGAGGAUCAGUUUAGGCCUCCAAGUACCCCUGGCUAUACAUAUGGAAGCUGUAAGGAGAUCAAGCUGUAUGACAACAAUGCUCAAGAUGGCAUUUAUACAUUGAGCACUAAGAAUGGAAUGAUCUAUCAAACAUUCUGUGACAUGAGCACAAACGGAGGGGGUUGGACGUUGGUGGCCAGCAUUCAUGAGAACUACAUACAAGGCAAGUGCACAUCCGGAGAUCGCUGGAGCAGUCAAACAGGCAACAAUGCAAACAACCCUGCAGGAGAGGGCAAUUGGGCAAAUUAUGCCACAUUUGGACUGCCGGAAGGAGCAACUAGUGAUGACUACAAGAACCCUGGAUAUUAUGACAUCAAAGCUAAAAAUGUGGCUGUGUGGCAUGUGCCGAACAAUACACCUCUGAAGCUUUGGAAGAGCUCUUCUUAUUUAAGAUAUCGAACAGACAACGACUUUCUAAAGGAUGAAGGAGAGAACCUCUUCCAUUUGUAUACAAAAUACCCAGUGAAAUACAAUGUUGGAAGCUGCCCAAAAGACAAUGGACCAGCCAUACCUAUUAUUUAUGACCUUGGAAAUCCUGAGCAGACAUCACACUUAUACUCACCAAACGGAAGAAAUGAACUAAUUCCUGGCUUUAUCCAGUUCCGUGCAUUGAACCAUGAGAAAGCUGCCCUGGCUUUGUGUUCUGGGGUAAAAAUGUCUGGCUGCAAUGCAGAAGUGAACUGCAUUGGAGGAGGAUACAUCCCCGAGGGGAACCCUAGACAGUGUGGAGACUUUUCUGCGAUGGACUGGGAUGGCUACGGGACCCAUGUCGGCUGGAGUUCCAGUAAACUACUGAUAGAAUCUGCUGUUAUGUUAUUUUACCGUUAAAAGGAUACUGUCAUGGGAAAAAAAAUGUUUUUCAAAAUGA